AUGUUGCACCAAAAUUUCUGCUUCAUUAUGAGUGAUAAGCAAAGAUUGGCUAAGCUCCUGAAGGAUUGUGCAAAAGAUGCGUUAGGCGAACAGGGAAAGCAAGUCCAUGGUGCUUUAAUGAAAAUGGGAUACGGGUCUGAUAUGAUGUUGAACAAUGACCUUAUAUAUACGUAUGGGAAAUGUGGUAGAUUAGACAUGGCUUGCCAUGUGUUUGACAAAAUGCUUGAAAGAAAUGUUGUUUCUUGGACGGCUUUGAUGCGUGGCCACUUACAACAGGGUAAUCCAAAAGCAUCGUUAUUGCUAUUUCAUCAAAUGGGGGGGUCUGAUGUCAAGCCCAAUGAGUUCACUUUCUCAACAAAUUUUAAGGCGUGUGGGUUUCUGAGUAUUGCUGAGAAUGGGAUGCAAAUUCAUGGCUCAGCCAUUAGAACUGGAUUUGAAUGGUUCCCUGUGGUGGGCAACUCGAUUAUGGAUAUGUACUCAAAAUGUGGCAGAAUUAGUGAGGCUGCACAGGUGUUUGAUCUAAUGCCAUUUAGAAAUGUUGUAAGUUGGAAUGCGAUGAUGGCAGGAUAUGGCCUUGUAGGAAUGGGUGACGAGUCCAUAUUUUUGUUCCGGGACAUGCAAAAACAUGGUGAAAUGCCAGAUGAUUUCACAUUUACAAGCACUUUAAAAGCUUGCAACGAUCUUGGGGCAAUUCGGGAAGGAACUCAAGUUCAUGCUUAUUUGCUCACCAGAGGAUUCCCAUUUUCUGUUCAUGCAACUGUUGCAGGUGCACUUGUUAAUCUGUAUGCGAAAAACGGGCGCUUGUUUGAAGCACAUCAAGUGUUCAACCAACUUGAGCAGAAGAGUGUGAUAUCUUGGAGUGCUCUAAUUCUAGGUUACGCUCAUGGAGGAAACUUAACGGAGGCCAUGGAUUUGUUUAGGCGGCUCAGGGAGAGUGGCAGUCAGGUAGACGGGUUUGUUCUCUCAAGCAUGAUGGGUAUAUUUGCUGAUUUUGCUCUGGUGGAGCAAGGGAAGCAGAUCCAUUGUUACACGGUCAAAGUUCCAUCCGGUUUGGACAUCUCAGUAGCCAAUUCGAUUAUGGAUAUGUAUCUCAAGUGUGGGUUAACAGAGGAAGCAGAAAGGCAAUUCAGUGAAAUGCCUGAAAGAAAUGUGGUUUCUUGGACAGUUAUGAUUACAGGAUAUGGAAGGCAUGGUCUCGGCAGAGAAGCAAUUCGCCUCUUUGAGGAAAUGCAGGUAGAUAAUAUCAAGCCUGAUGGGGUGACUUACCUGGCUGUGCUCUCAGCUUGUAGCCAUUCUGGACUUGUUGAAGAGAGUAAACAAUACUUCUCAAGGUUGUGUCAGGAUCGUCGAAUCAAACCUAAUGUAGAGCACUAUGCUUGCAUGGUUGAUCUUCUUGGCCGAGCUGGGUGCUUAAGAGAAGCCAAACAACGUACACAUAAUAUCCCCCUAAAACCAAGUGUUGGGAUAUGGCAGACACUGCUUAAUGCCUGUAAAGUACAUGGGGACUUGGAAAUCGGUAGAGAAGUAGGAGAGAUACUUCUAGGAUUGGAUGAUGACAAUCCGGCCAACUAUGUUAUGUUGUCAAAUCUCUAUGCAAAUGCAGGCCACUGGAAAGAGGCCGAGAGAGUGAGAGAGUCAGUGAAGUCGAAGGGGUUAAGGAAAGAAGCAGGAUGCAGUUGGGUUGAGGUCGAAAAGGAGGUCCAUUUUUUCUAUAAUGGAGAUGAGAGGCACCCACUUACAGUAGAAAUACAUAAAGUUUUGAAGGAAAUGGAGAGAAGGGUAAAAGAAGAGGCGGGUUACGCAUAUGAAGUGAGGUAUGCAUUGCAUGAUGUUGACGAGGAGUCAAAGGCAGAGAGUUUGAGAUUUCACAGUGAGAAGUUGGCAAUUGGGUUGGCUUUGGUUUGUGGUGGGAUCAACAAAGGGGGAUCGGUGGUUCGAGUUUUCAAGAACUUGAGAGUUUGUGGGGAUUGCCAUGAGUUCAUCAAGGGCCUAUCAAAGGUUUUGAAGAAGGUGUUUAUGGUAAGGGAUGCUAACAGGUUCCACAAGUUUGAGAAUGGGCUCUGCUCGUGUGGAGAUUAUUGGUGAGACUGUGUCUUACCUAAGUGGAUGUGCAUCUACAAUUGGUGCUGUUCUGAAUUCUCUCUCUCAAAUGCUACUGCACAAGAACGCACAGAUGUAUGGAUUAAAAUGCAGAUUUGGUUUCUCUGGUAGGAAAUUGCAAAAUAUGGAUAGAUUUUUCAGCUUUGCAGUAGAAAACAAAACAGUUUCCCAUGAGUAAUUGGGAAAGUUAAAUUGCUUCUUAUUUCUCAAAAAUUUUCCUCUUUUAUUGGAUAUGAAGAGGGGUCGGGUCCUCCAUCAAAUCAGAAUUAUUGAAUGCUGAUCUGAAUGCGCAAAAAUACAUUGGCUAGCUAGCUAAAUUUUGCAGCUGAACAGAAGAACACCAGAAUCAGAUCAAAGGAUGUUUGAAGAAUUCCCAAUGCAAUGAGGAUGAGCUAUUCCUAAUGAAUGCCAAGUAAACAACAUACAUAUAUAUAUAUAUAUAUUAUAUGUAAUAAUAAAAAGCACUCAAGACUCACUUCUCCUGUAUGUUGCAUGUCCUAUAUAUAUCCCCACAAUGCUGCACAAUAACUUGUUUCUUUGUUAGCUGAACAAUAUGAUGAAAGCUUCUUAGAUGUA